AUGAGCGGCGCCGGCGAUCGCGUCGUCGCAGUCGCGCGGCGCGUCGUCGCGGCGGCGACGCGGCGAACGAUGUCCAUCUCGUCGUCGUCGUCGUCGUGGCACGCCGCGACGACGCCCGCGGGGUCGACGCGCGCGGUUCGGUUCGCGUCCGCGUCCGCGUCCGCGUCCGCGUUCGCGUUCGCGCGCGUCCCGGCGGCGAGAGCGGUCGCGCGCGACGGCGUCGCCGCGAUGCGCGCGCCGGACGCGAUCGCGUGGCGAGGCGCCCUCUUCGGCGGCUUCUCGCGCUCCGGAUGGCUCGCGCCGUCGCCGCUGUCGACGACGCGCCGCGCGUACGGCGCGCGCCGCGGGUUCGCGAGCGGCGCCGCGCGCCACCGCGUCGACGCCGCCGCGCAGGGGAACACCGCGAGCGCGCAAAAGAAGGGACCUCCUAAGACGGGCGGCGGCGGCGGCGGCGGCGGAGGAGGGAACCGCGCGCAGCGUCGGGCCAACUCGGGCGAGGCGGGCGGCGGCGGCGGCGGCGGCGGCCGCGGCGGCUCGCGAGGCGGCCGCGGCGGCCGCGGCGGCCGAGGCGGCCGAGGCGGAUACCGCGGCCGUCGCGCGAACAACAACAACAACAACAGCGGCGGCGGCGGCGGCGCGAACGACAAGCUCAAGCGCGAGACCGCGGAGAUUCCCAAGCUCGGUCCCACCGGUCGACCGUACACGAUGAAGGACCUCGGGCUCGUCGCGCGCGACGGCGACGCGAUCGCCAACGCCGCCGCGGCGGGCGAGAUCGGCGUCGGCGCGGUGACGAUUAAGAACAACGUCGACGAGCGGGGCCCUCGAGGACGACGGGGGCACGACGCUACCUCCGCCGCGACGGUUGACGUUUCGUCUUCCGCCGCCGCCGCCGCCGCGCCGCCGACAUACGAGGUCCACGGCGUCGGGAUGGCCUUCGCGAAGGCGGAGUCGCAACGGCUCGCGAUCGCGUCGCUGUUCGACGGCAUCGUCGCCGCGACGGGCGGGCUGAUCGACCCGAGCGCGCCGCCGAACGUGGCGAAGAUAUUGAACGAGCAGCGCAAGGCGCAGCAAAAGAAACGGUCGGAGAUGGGGCGUUUAAUGCUCGAGCUCGCGAACUCGUCGAGGCCGAACGCGGAGCACAAGUCCUCGAAGGGCGGGUGGACGGCGACGGUCACGGCGUACGUGGACGGCGGGAAGAAGGUGGAGAGCGUCGGCGUCGGGAAGGGGAAAUCCGACGCGGAGGACAUCGCGUACGCCAACAUCUCCGACAGUUUAGCCGACACCAUGGGCGUUCUCCGACACUCGACGCUCCAGAAGAUCGUGGACAACAGCCCCGGCGGAUCCGUCGCGUCGCUGCGGGUCCCGCCGCUGCCGGACGACGCGAUGGACUGCCUCAUCGCGGCGAUGGGGACGCCCGAGGAUCACGACAGACGGAUGGCGGCGUGGAAGCGCGCGGAACAGAUCGCGAUCGAUCGCAUCCAGGCGCAAAUUCUGAGCGACGCGGGCGCCGGGACGGACGGCGGGUACCGACGCGCCAAGGUUGAGAACACGAAGCACGCGGACGCUGCCGCGAACGCCGCCGCGCGCGCGGUGAGCGAGCUCGCGGACGGCGAGGACCUCUCGGAGGACCCGUUCCUGUUCAACGCGCGGAGAGAAGAGAUAUCCGCCAGGUUUAAGGCUGAGGAGGCGGCGCGCGCUGCAGCCGCGGCGGCGGACGCGGACUCCCCCGAGGGGAAGAUGAAAGCGGUGAGGGACAAGCUGCCGAUUUUGAAGAUCAGAGAGUCGCUCGUCGAGGCGCUGAAGACGAACCCCGUCGUCGUCGUGUCCGGCGGCACGGGCAGCGGUAAAUCGACGCAGUGCCCGCAAUACAUCCUCGAGCACGCCAUCGCGACCGGCGCCGGGCCCGACACGCGCAUCAUCGUCACGCAACCGAGACGCAUCGCCGCGGUGUCCGUGGCGGAGCGCGUCGCCGCGGAGCGCGGCGAGAAGGCUGGGAACUCGAUAGGAUUCAGGCGCGUUCUAUACACUGGUCCCCAUACGACCGCGUUCGCGUGGUGA